AUGGACAAUUACCCUCGAUUCUCAGGCGCGCACGCGGCGCCGGCGGAUUGGCUGCCGCUGUCGCUCGACGCCGCGACGAGCGAGCGCGCGUCGCCCGCGCAGCGCGCGUCGGCGCUCGUGAUCGCCGCCGCCGCGCUGCGGUCCGCGCCGGCCGGGUCGCUCGCGGGUGAGCCCAUCGCGACGCUCGCGCGCGGCCUCGCGUCGGAAUCGUUGCGCGCGUGCGACGACGCGGCGGUGCGAGCGCAGCUGCUCGCGGUGGUCGUCAACGCCGUCGCCGCCGCCGGCGCGGACGUCGCGCGCGAGUCCGAAAACCUCUUCCGCGUCCUGCUCCAGCUCCGCGCCGCGGAGGCGGGCGGCCUCGGCGAGGGCGAGGGCGGGAGCGAACGCGUCGACGCCGGCGCCGGCGGCGGCGCCGGCGCCGCGGCGGCGCCGCGGGGGAUCGGAUUACCCCCCUCGGAGAGCUCCGCGCCCGCGCGCGCCAUCGCCGCGCUCGCCGCCGCGUGCGGCCACGCCUCGGGACCCGACGCGCUCUUCCUCGCGCACGCCUCGUCGCUUCUCUCCGCGCUCGCCGAGGAGGAGGCGGGGUGGGACGGCGAGUGCGCGGGGCAACGCGUCUUCGGCGCGUUGCUCCUGGGCGCGCCUCCCGAGGUUUUGUCCGACGAUUCAAACGCCGCCGCGAUUCGAAAGAUUUUCGCGUCGACGGCGAGACAGCACCGCGAGCCGACGCUCCGGCUCGCGCUGCUGCGCCUUCUCGACGCGCUGUUCGAGGACGCGCGCCGCGCGGCGGCGUGCGGCGGCGUCGCGGGCGCGUUGAUCGAAGAGGUGGUUUUGGAAGGUUUGACGUGGCGCGCUGGGAAGACGGCGGCGGCGGUGCGAUACGCCGCGGUCGUCGCGCUCGGGACGAUGCUGCGGAAUAAAACCGUCUCCGGAAAGGCGUUACUCUCCGUGAUCCGGAAAGGCGACCUGCUCCCGUCGCUGAUCAGCGCGAUGGAGGAGGAUUAUUACGCGGACACGCGCGCGGCGUCGGCGCACGCGUUUCGUCACCUCUUUCUCGUCUGCGGCGACCGGCUGAGCGACGACGAGCGGCGCCAGAUUUACCCGGAACUACUCAAGCGUAUGGACGACUCGCGGAACGAGAUUCGAAUCGCGACGUGCGGCGUCGUCGCCGCGUUCUUCGAGACGUGCGCGCCGGACUACGACGAGACGAACACGGGGUACUUUUUGAAGGCGCGUCGUCAUCCGUCGUCAUCCUUACACCGGUUCCCAUACGACUCCGUUCGCGUUGUGAACUUCAUUCCUUAA